AUGCACAUCAACGACUUUCCCUACGAAGUCCUUUCAAAGAUCCUUGAGGAAGUCACUCAUGCCCAUAUACGCGAUGGACCCACGUAUACCUUCGGCCUGUCCCAAGCACCACUGCCGCUCCAGAGGGCUUCACUCCAGCGCUAUGUGAGAGGGCCCGUCCCACCGGAGUUGCUCAAGUGGGAUGCAACCUCCAUGAUCCGCUCCGUGUGCUGGAAGUGGCACGAGUGGGCAUUGGGGCAUUCCCUCAAGGAUGUCUACAUUCGCCGCUGGAAGGGCGGAGAGAGAUGGGCAGAGCUCUCAAACAGGCGUGAGAGCUAUCCGCUGUACGAGCUCAUUGACCGUCCGACUGGCACCGCUGUUUACCGCGAUCCCUUCGCGUCUCUGAAGCGAACCGUGAGCAUUUGCAACGACUACCCUGAAGUCGCAUCAAAGAUCAGGCGCAUGUGGGUCCAUGGCUUCUACACCGCGGACACUGAUCGCCUCGUCUUCGAGUCUCUGACCAACUGCACCAACCUCACAUCCCUGUCAGUUCCAUGGACCACGAUCCGGCACCUGGACGCGAAGACAUGGCGGGCCAUGCUGACAGGCAGUGGUAAGCCUCUCGAGUCUUUGGAGCUUCAGUGCGUGGACCCUACUUCACAGCAAGCUGCCGACAAAGACAACCAAGUCGACCUAGAGCCACUCCAGUCUGCCAACUUCAGCAAGCUUCGUCGCCUGAAGAUCUUUGGCGACACGAACUUCAUGCCUGUCACCGAUGCCGAUCUCUACGCCAUCGCUCGCACUGCAACUCAGCUGGAGGAGUUCCAUCUGACCUGCAACUCUUCCAUUACCAUCGACGGUGUCAUGGCGAUCGUCAAGGCAUCGCGCAAGACGCUCCGGGUCCUCGAGCACAGCCCGCGAUCACAGGAUGGUUUCUGGCACCCUCACCCAGGAUCACCUAGCGACAGUGAGCACCUCUGCGAGACAUUCCGAAGCUGUCCCAAGCUAGAGACGUUGUCUAUUUCCCUCCCAUCUGUGUGCGCACAUCUUUUCUCUGAUGACAACGUCAAGUUUAGCGGCGACUUGCAAGUGCGUGCCCUGCAUCUCUGCGGGCAUGAAGACGGCCGGUCCACCCAGGAGGCCACAGAUGCUCUGGAGAAGUUGCUUCAACAGGCGCGUCGUCUUAUUGAUCUACGUGCACGAGGCACUAUUCCUCGCGAGCUUUAUGUCGAGCUCUUUUUCGCCGACUGUAUUUUCGAGCCCGGCUUCCAGUCGGUUCAUGGCGACUUUUCUUUGGCGCAGAUCUCUUCCGAUGGCACAUGGCCUCACAACGUACACCAGAGCGGCAAGGGCCCAUACGGCAGCACUGGCCUGUACGAGAAGGAAGAAGAGCGUCCUUUCCAACGCAUUGAAGAGGACGAGUUUCUGCACGGUGUCCGCAGACGCAUGCACUCUAUUUCGACUUGA